AGAAAUAAGAAAACAAAAAAAAAAAAAAACAAAAACAAAAGAAGAAAUAAAAAACAAAGAGACAGACAGCAGAGCAAUAUUCUAAAGGUUUGUUUUGUUGCUUUUGUGAGAAAACAUUGUGAGAGAAAUUGAAACGAAAUAAUUUUAAGAGGCGAAGAAAAGCGAAAACAUCGAAAAACUUCUAGCUGCUGCAAAACAAACACAAAAUAAAAAGAAGAACAAGAAGAAGGAGAAAAAGAAAAAAAACGUGACAAAGCGUAAACGUUUCAGCCGCCGAAGUCGCACGCAGUCGUUUAUCUAAAAAUAUCUAUCGUCAGUGUUUGCGACACUCUCUAUUUGUGCUCGAACAGAAACAUAAAUAAUCAAAGCAACACCAAAAAUAACAACAAUAAUAAAUAGCAGCAACAGUAACAGCAACAUCAAAAUCAACAUCAACACCAAAAAAGCAAUAGCAUUGGCUUCUUUCGCUUCGGACGCUGCUGUAUUAAUCUGAAUAUUUACCGCACGCACCACUGUAUUCACAUUCAAUACGUACUUAACGAGUGAUCGAAAUUUGGUUGUUAAAAUUCGCAACAGUAGACAAAGAUAAAACAAAUCACACAAAAAAGAAGCCAAUCGAGGAGACUCAUUAUUAUUAUUACUGCAGUUAUAUAUUUAUUAUUAUUAUUAUAUUAAUGAUAUAGAUAUCGGCGAGAUAUCUUCUAAUUGCCUGCCUUUGUAACUUGCAACGUAAAAAGCCAUUCUGGAAAAUAUUGAAUCUCAGUCGCUCCAUUUCUCUUCUUCUUUGUCUCGCCUUCUUGUACAAACAUCACAGACACAUAUAAGUUUUCGAUAAUUGUGUUAUAAUUAUUAUAAAAAUAUUGACAACAUUAUCUGGCAAUACGUCAUCUCAAUUACAUCAUUUAAGAGUAAUUGAAAGUACAACAAGAAGAACAACAACAGUUCCAAAAACAUUUCUAAUAAUAGAAGUCGUCAAAAUUCAAUUUUUUCGACUUCUAUUGAUUGCUUGCUUGCAAGGGCGCUUUUGUUUCACCAAACGCCUUAAUUAACAACACAUUCAAAAUUCUACCUAUAGCGGCAAAUUUUAAAAUUCAUCCACAAACAAUGCAUAAGAUGGCAGCACCGAGCGGAGCAGCGCCGACGGCGGCUCUUGAAGCUCCCCUAUCAGCGCCCAAAUAUGGUACACUGAUACCGAAUAGAAUUUUUGUAGGCGGUAUAAGCGGUGAUACCACUGAAUCCGAUUUAUGUCGCGUCUUUUCCGCCUACGGUAAUGUUAAAUCAACUAAAAUUAUUGUGGAUCGCGCUGGUGUUAGCAAGGGAUACGGGUUUGUUACGUUCGAAACGGAACAAGAAGCUCAACGCCUGCAAACUGAUGGUGAAUGCGUUGUGCUCAGGGAUCGUAAAUUAAAUAUAGCGCCAGCCAUAAAAAAACAGUCUAUUGUGGCUACAAAUGGUGCUGUUUAUUACACUACCACACCACCAGCCCCCAUUAGCAAUAUGCCUAUUGAUCAAUUUGCCGCCGCAGUUUAUCCACCAGCAGCAGUUAAUGAUUUUACAGCCGCUGCUGCAGCUGGUGUGCCAACAAUUUACCCACCUUCAAUGCAAUAUCAACCAUUCUAUCAAUACUACAGUGUGCCAAUGAAUGUACCCACCAUUUGGCCCCAAAAUUAUCAAGUAGAACCAACUUUAUUGGCCUACGGAGGCACCAAUGCAGCGCAACUUUAAAUUCAACUAGAUAAUUUAUUUUAUAUAUCCAUAGAUAUAUAUAUAUAUAUACAUUUUUUCUGUUUGGCUAGUUUUAUGUUUUUUGUAACAAAAAACACAUGUUAAGUUUUAGUUUUUAGAAAACUCGAAAUGCUCUGAAUGCACAGAAAAACACUGUGCCACAGCGCUUAUGUAUUUGCAUACAAGAGCUAUAUAUAACUUAUAAUUCUUUUCUUUUUUUUUUUUUUUUUUUUUGUUUUUCUAGGUAUUU